UCCUCUCUGCAAGGCCUCCGCGCGCUUCCCGCAGGUGCCCGCCAGGUGACGCUGUGGCUUGGCUCCUGCGCGCGGCGCUCCCCGCUCGUCUGCUCCGGGACUAAGUGCGGCUUCGGCGGCGCGUGCGUGCCAAUUUCCCAAGAUGGCGGCGUCCAGCCGGCUCCUGCUGCAGAUGCUGUUCGAUGGCGCGGCAAGGCCGCUAUGCCGAGCGCGGCCCGGGCUGAGCGGCUCCCUGCGGAGGGGCCUGUGCGAGCGCGCGGCCGGGGUGGAGCAGCUGCAGCAGCCGGAGGACGACGACGAGGGCGACGGCACAAUGGGCCGCCAGGAUUCAAGAGAUUUGUUGAAGGAAUUUCCCCAGCCUAAAAAUUUGCUCAACAGUGUCAUUGGAAGAGCACUUGGUAUAUCUCAUGCAAGAGACAAGCUGGUAUAUAUCCACACCAACGGGCCACGGAAAAAGAAAGUCACGCUGCUCAUCAAGUGGCCAAAGAAUGUGGAAGUGGAAGGCUAUGGGACCAAAAAGAUUGAUGCUGAGCGACAGGCUGCAGCCGCUGCUUGCCAGCUCUUCAAGGGCUGGGGUCUGCUGGGUCCCAGAAACGAGCUCUUCGACGCUGCCAAGUACCGCAUCCUUGCCGAGCAGCUGGGCUGCCCCGAUGACAGGUGGUACUCCGAGGGCAGGUGGCGCUCCAAGUCUGGGCCGUCUCUGGCCGACCUCUCGACCUGCUGGCGGCGGAUGGAGCCCAGCGAGCCCAUCCAGCCCUUGGAGCACAACAGGCUCCCAAAGCCCAUCAGAAAGGAAGAGCUGGAGGAGGGCGAGCUGGAAGAAGGAGAGCUGGAGGAGGGCGAGCUGGAAGAAGACGCAAUUGACGUUUCUGAUUACCUGUCCAUGACGCAUCCGGGGGCUCACACCCCACCCAGAGACAUGAGGGAUGGGUUCUGUCUUGAAAUGACUGAUGACAACACAGCCCUCCGAGCUCUGACCCAGUUUCCUCUGCCCAAGAACCUCCUGGCCCAGGUGAUCCAGAUUGCCACUUCUUCGUCCACCGUCAAGGAGUACAUGCAAUUCCGGACGGUGGGCACCAAGACCAAAAUCUGCAAGCUGACCUUGCGUUGGCCCUGCCCCAUGACCUUUGCUGCCAAGGGGCGCCGAAAGGUCGAGGCGGAGAACAAAGCCGCCGCGCUGGCCUGCCAGAAGCUGAAGAGCCUCGGCUUAGUGGACAAGAACAACAACCCCCUGAGCCAUGCCAUGUACAAUAUGACGUCCCUGCGGGAGCUGGGCGAGAACCAGCGGAAGCCCUGCCACAUUAAGGUCCCCGAGGCCACGCUGCGCAAGAUCGAGAACUACCUGAACCAUUUCCCAGUGGACACCAGGGAGUCCAGGCCACGCCUUGCAGAUGACAUGAUGAACCUGAGCAAGGAGACAGGCACCCUCAGCGACGCCAUCACGGGCAAAAGCUACAUCCCCAUGUCGGAGUCCGAAGAAGUGCGUCUCGGCCAGAACCUCCUGUCCCUCUGGAAGCGGAAAGGCACUGCCUGGCAGGAGACCCACCCUCUGCCUGUGGAUUCCCACAGGGAAGCAAUCCUCUCGGCCGUGGAGCAGAACCCAGUAGUGGUGAUAGCUGGGGACACGGGUUGCGGGAAAACGACUCGCAUUCCCCAGUUGAUGCUGGAGCACUACAUCCUGGAGGGGCGCGGCGCACAGUGCAACAUGGUCAUCACCCAGCCUCGGCGCAUUAGCGCCAUCUCCGUGUCCCAGCGCGUGGCUCAGGAGCUGGGCCCCAACAUGAGGAAAAACGUGGGCUACCAGGUGCGGCUGGAGAGCAAGCCGCCUGCCCGGGGGGGAGCCCUCCUGUUCUGCACCGUGGGCAUCCUCCUCCGGAAGCUGCAGGGCAACCCUCGCCUGGAGGGGGUCAGCCACAUCAUUGUGGACGAGGUGCACGAGCGCGAUGUCAACACUGACUUCCUCCUCAUCCUGCUCAAGGGCAUCCAGAAGCAAAACCCCGGGCUCCGGCUGGUGCUGAUGAGCGCCACGGGGGACAACCAGCGGUUCUCGCAGUACUUUGGGGACUGCCCGGUGGUCAAGGUGCCAGGCUUCAUGUAUCCUGUCAAAGAGUAUUACCUGGAGGAAAUCAUGGCCAUGCUGCGGCGCCACAGGCACCGGCACUACGAGGUCAAGCAGUCGGAUGAGGAGUGUGUCCUUGACCUCGAGCUGAUCACUGACCUCAUUCUUCAGAUCGAUGCCCACGGAGAGCCAGGCGGGAUUCUGUGUUUCCUCCCUGGCUGGCAGGAGAUCAAAGGAGUGCAGCAGCGUCUCUUGGAGACUCUUGGUCCUCACAGCAACCGCUACCUUGUCUUACCAGUGCAUUCCAACAUCCCAAUGAUGGACCAGCAGAGCAUCUUCCCACGUCCUCCUCCCGGCGUACGGAAGAUCGUCCUGGCCACCAACAUUGCCGAAACCUCCAUCACAAUCAACGACAUUGUGCAUGUUGUGGACAGCGGGACCCACAAGGAGGAGCGCUACGAUCUCAAGACCAAGGUCUCGUGCCUUGAGACUGUUUGGGUAUCCAAGUCUAACGUCAUCCAGAGACGAGGGCGCGCCGGCCGCUGCCAGUCUGGCUUUGCCUACCACCUCUUCCCUCGCAGCCGCCUGGAAAGGAUGCCCACCUUCCAAGUGCCUGAGAUCCUCCGCACCCCCCUUGAGAACCUGGUGGUUCAAGCUAAGAUACACAUGCCGGAGAAGACAGCCGUUGAGUUCCUCUCCAAAGCCGUGGAUAGUCCUGACAUCAAAGCUGUGGAUGAAGCAGUCAUCCUUUUGCAGGAGAUUGGUGUGCUGGACCACAGGGAGGCCUUGACCACUCUGGGCAAGCGCCUGGCUCAGAUCUCCACGGACCCACGGCUGGCCAAGGCAAUAGUGCUGGCUUCCAUCUACCGCUGCAUCCAUCCCCUCUUGGUCAUCGUCUCCUGCCUCACAAGGGACCCGUUCAGCAGCAGUCUGCAGAACCGCACGGAGGUGGACAAGGCCAAGGCUGUCCUGAGCCGGGAGAGCGGCAGCGACCACCUGGCGUUCGUGCGGGCGGUGGCCGGCUGGGAGGACGUGCUGCGGCGCAGGGACAGCCGAGCUCGCGACAACUACCUGCAGGAUUACCUCCUUUAUGCGCCCAGCCUGCGUUUCGUCAACGGCCUGGUGAAGCAAUUCUCAGAAAACCUCUACGAGGCCUACCUGGUGCCAACCCCCUCGGGCUGCCUCUUGCCCUCCUCUGUCUGCAACCAGUACAGUGAAGAAGAAGAGCUGGUGAAGGGUGUUCUUAUGGCUGGGCUGUACCCCAACCUCAUCCAGGUCAGGCAAGGCAAAGUGACCAGGCAGGGCAAGUUCAAGCCCAACAGCUACACGUACCGGACCAAGGCUGGGACUGUCCUCCUGCACAAGUCGACCAUCAACAGGGAGGCCUCAAAGCUCUACAGCCGCUGGCUGACGUACUUCAUGGCGGUCAAGUCCAACGGCGGCGUCUUUGUGCGCGACUCCUCGCAGGUGCACCCCCUGGCCGUGCUGCUCAUGACGGACACAGACAUCCACGUGCGGGAUGAUGGCUGGCGAGCAACCGUAUCCCUCGUUGACAGUGACCUGCUGGUACUGGAAGGGGACUCCUACACCAUCCGGCUCCUGCGUGACUUCCGUGUGGCCCUCUCCAGGAUGGUGGAGACGUGCCUUUGCUACGAGAUGGCCGCCAUUCCUGGAGAUCUUCACCACCAGCACAGCCAGCUCCUGGACAUCCUAGUGGACCUACUCAAAGGGCCUCCAGGCAGCUUUGGAGCUUAGAUCUGGCAGCAGCCCAAGGAUCUGGACACGGGGACUUGUAAUUUGUAAAAAGAUGUUGACAAAUGUUUAUUUAAAUAAAGUUCUAUUUAUCCCUUGUGA